GAUCGCAACGAUGCGACAUGUCUAGAGGUCUAGGCCGGGGACCGUGGACGACUCAAAAUUUAGUGAGCUCGCAGGCUCCGCAUAUAGUGAGCCUCGCGGGAGGAAUUGGCGUUGCGAAUCUGCACUGUUCGUAGUUUGCGUAUGUGGUAUUGGUGACGCCUCCCUGGCGGUUCCGCGAAGCUGCGUCGUUUCGUCUUGUUUUGAUCGUCGAUGCCUGCGCUGGUGUGCUGCAAGGUUGCCAGCCCGAAUUUCGACUCGUAUUCGGCUCGCCCACCUGAGCCUGUCAAGGUUCCUCCACGUCGAGGUUCCACCAGGUCGCUCAAGCGUUUUGGUGCAUGUGCUCGACAGUGGUCGACUCGGAGCAAUGGGUUGGCCACGGAUGCGUUUGCGAAACCUACAAGAUCGGUGUUCUGGUAAUUUAAUAGUGUGAGUGGGCAAUGGCAUCUUCCAGAGCCGCAGAUGGAAAGCUUAGUGAAGAAAGACCUUUAAAGUGCUGAAUUUUGUCACUGUGAAAGGCUUAUCGAAUUGCAGGGAAAAUUGGACAGUCGACAAGGGUGCUGGUCAGAAUGGGGGUAUGCAAAUAUGGUACACUCCCUUUUACGCUCGCUCCCUCCUUGCUUUGAGUUGUGUGAGGGACUAGUUUACAAUGCAUCCACUGUCGCAGCGCUCAAGUGGAGGUGUUUGGAGCUAUUCCUAGAUUCUAGGGGUUCGCCUUCAAGUUUCUAUGUCAAUUUUCUUGAACUUGAAGCCCACAGCAUCAGGGGUUUCUGAUGUUGUAGCUUGUUGAGGAGAGUAUCAGUAUCUAUUGUUGAAACUGAUCCGGUGUCAAGAGCCCUUUGAGUUGCUGCAUCUCUUAAUCUCCCUUCAAGCAUUCUUCUCUAGCCAGGUAAGUCUUGUUGGAAAAACCUCCCACCCUUUCGUCUCUACUUGGGAUUCCCAAAUGACCGUUUGAGAUCCAACAGGCUUAAUGACCACGCUGUAAGUGUGAUGCUCGUGGGAGUCUGAAGCGAUUGCUGGCUUCAGCUCCAGUGUGCUGCUUUUGGUUUUGGUAUCCUGAUGAUUGCUAAAAUAUUCUGGUUUCUUUACUGAACUUCGUUUCGUGUUGAAAAGUAGGCGAUCGGAUUCUUUCAGACCGGUCUUUCUCUACUAACCCUACUCCGACCUUACAACAUUCAGUUUUUGUUAAGCAGAAAAACAUGUUCUCACGAAUGUGUUCUGAGUACAGCUUGCUUACAUGAGACUUAGUAAAUUUAGAGACGUCGUGAUUUCUCUAAAGGUUCUUCUAUUCGAUUUGGACAACAGUGAUGCUUUUGUGUUUUACUGAGUUGGCACCUGACACCCUGCAUCUGUAAAUCAUCUUCAAUUGGAGGUUUCUAUCUCACAUGGAGCUUGUUGACAUGGAACAGCUAAUUUAGGGUUGAGAAGUUCAUGCAGUCGUAACAGCCCGUGCUGUCAGUUCAGUCAGCUGUAUGUGUGAUUUUCAGAAUCGAGUACAAACACUGGGAAGCAGAGCCUGGAAGAUUGAAUAAUCCUGCACCGGAGUGGGAUCAGGCAUUUACAAUUUGCUUGAAAAGCAGACGUCUCUCGGAACUGCCUACACUCAACCUAGAGAAGCACCCUUGCCUGAACCAUUGGAUCUGACCAUUAUGGGUACAAGGAUGGAAAGAACGGAUGCUCUUCUAGUGCUGGCCACGAACGCUGACGUCUACAAUCGUUCUAGUCAGUUGGCCGAAGCUGGUAAAAAGCUGUACUGAACAUCUUCUGAUUAGAUAACAACGCAAUCUGAAGUUUUGUUCCAUGGUGUUUCCGUACAACGCUUCAUUUCUGUUACUCAAUCUGAUCUAUUUAUGAAACUAACUACAAAAAAUCUAAACAAAACAAUAUAAAACAGAGAGCAGUGCUCAAGUGACACAAAUCUAAGAAAUUGCACUAGUUUAACUCUGACAUGGACGAGACCAAGCGGAAUUGUAACUGGAACGCGACCAAAGAGAGUCUGGAUCAAAUAGACUCUCUUUUGAACGAGAUUGGAUUAGCACCAACCAAAGAGAGUCAGGAUUUAGAGUUCCAAGCUUGGUUGCAAAAUUGUCAACACUCACUGGAUCCUUCUGAAUUGACUCCGAACCAAUCACUGGAUUUUCCUACGGCUAGAAAGUAUCUCGAUGCUAAUGCCACCAAGGCAGUCAUCCAGGAAUCACAAUACUUUGCACGAUUCGCAGAAGGCCACAAGUUCUCACACGAGCUAGAUUCUGCAUCUAGUAGUCUAGCUCAAUGGAUCUAUAAUUCUGGCGUCAAGCAGCGGCUACCACCGAGUUCGAGUGACCCCUCUAGCGCUUCAGCAUCGCAUUCAGAAGUGAAGACUACGACAGGUUCUGAAAUGGGGCUGCUCAGAUGGACAGGGUCUCUAUCUAGCGAGGACUUUGUGGAGCCUGAGGCUGCGCAGGGACGAGGAAAGCAUCAGAUGAAAUCAGUGGGACUGGCAUCGAAGAAUCUUGUCUCUGAGCGUAAGCGGAGGAAGAAACUCAACGAUGGGCUAUAUUCUCUUCGCUCACUGGUGCCCAAGAUAAGCAAGAUGGACAAGGCGUCCAUUAUCGGUGAUUCGAUUGUUUACGUACAGGAGCUCCAACAACAAAUCCAAACUAUUGAGAAGGAGAUUGCAGAAAUAGAAGAAAAAGUGAGUUCUGCCAAUUGUGUGGCAGAAGAAGACUCUGGUGGCUCUGGUGGCUCUGGAUCUACGGAGUCCAAAGAGCAUGCUGCAGGCAGGGGAACCUCACUUGAACAAGUUGUAGAGGUAGUUAAGCCAGUCAUUGAGUUGAACAAUACCGUCAUGGCAGCCUCGAGUUCGUUAGUCGAUCCUCAAGACCCAAGUCCAGGUCACUCUCCAACUGUGGAAAUACAAAUUCUAAACAUGGAAGUAGCUAAACUGGAAGAGCAAACCUAUCAGCUGAAGACCACCUGCCAGAAAGGACUAGGAAUCCUGGUGCAAUUAACGCGAGCCUUGGAAUCGCUGGACGUGGACAUUUUAACUGCUCACCACAUCGCUUUCCAAGACAACAUGCACGACACAUUCAUCGUCGAGACGAGAGACUGCAGCACCAAGAAAGCCGAGCAUGUGAGAAAGGCUUUGAUGGAUGCCGUUGCUCAACACGGGCUCACAGUCCUCGCCUCCAAGCUUCUGGACUGAUCGCCAUAUCCUCCGCAAUCUCCCCGUCUCCGCUGUUUUCUCAGCUGAGGUGGAACCCAAGUCUUGUGGUUUACAGCUUGUUUCUAUUUGCCAAUCUAUAGCUCACAUAAUAAUAUAAUAUGAUAGUCAUAUAUCUACUUUUUGUAUAUAUGUAAAUUUGUGUGUGUGUGAAACCAGUCUUUUAGGCUAUUGAAUGGCUUUGAUGAGAGUAUUUCAUCGGUAGUAAUCUUUACUCAUUAGAAGAGCGUAGAGUGAAAAGUUCUCUUGCAGAGGCGUUUGAAGAGCUGGGCAUAUAUGAAACAAACAGAACGUUCUUGGCUGACGUAAUUGUAAACGACUUUUGUGUAAUUGAUUGAUUGUUAAAAAUGAUUUAUUGAA